AUGGAGGGAACCAGGAAACGUCCGUGGUCCGAUCUCCCGCCGGAGCUUCUCUCCAUGAUCGGCACUCGGCUCCAUACUCGCAUGGACGUCCUUCGGUUCCGCAGCGUCUGCUCUUCCGUCCGCUCCUCGAUCCCCCUGCCUCACCGCAGCUCACUGAGAUUCCCUUUCCGAAUAACUUGCUUACCAGGGACCGCCCUCUUCCUCCGCAAGAGAACGGUCUACACCCUCGAGACACCAGAUGGAGCCGCCUCCUGUCGCAUGCGGUGGCUACUGAAGCUUGAGGAGUCGGAGCUGGGGAACAUGCCGAUCCUCAGCCUCUUCUCGCAGCAGCGGCUGAUCGUGUCAUUGCCUUGCAAGUUCCCAUUGGUACUCGAUUCUCUCCAAUUCCGAAUGGUUGAAAUCUGUAGUGAAUGCACGCUCGAAUGUCGCGGUAUGCAGAGAGAAUUGGUGCAUCCAGAUUGUGCAUGGACUAAUCAAGAUCAGUGUUUGGUUUAUUUCAUUGAUGGAGGAGGGCAAUUAUGGUAUUGGAAGUAUGAGGAUGAGAAUCGUAGCCAUUUAGGCUGCGGUUACGGGGACAUUGUAGUCUACCAAGGCAAAGUCUACCAAGGCAAAGUCUACGUCGUCGAUAAGUCGGGGUCGGUUUCGCAGGUUGAUUCAUCUUUCAGACUUCAAAGUUUCUCAUUGCCAAUCAACCAUGGCUGUGGUUGCCACUGCCGCCACUGGAAGCAUUUGGUGGUGUCAAGUGGCGAUCUUUAUGCAGUGGACAUAUGCUCUAGACUUGGUGAAAUCAUGAGGACACCUGAUUUUAGAGUCUAUAGAUUGGAUCAACAAUGUGGGAGAUGGGAGGAGGUGAGAAGCUUGGGCAAUUCGGCUUUCUUCCUCUGCAACCUCUGCUCGUUCGCGGUCUCGGCGCGCGAGGUCCACUGGUGUAAAGGGGAUUGCAUCUACUACGCGGGGAGGUCCUUUUCCUCCUAUUUUUCGAAGGACAAAGUUAUGAUGUUCAGCUUGGCAGAUUGUAGGCACAAGUGCCCGGACUUCUCUGUUUUAUUUAAGGAUAAUUAGGUU